AUGCCUGAUUCACUUGGCUCAGAUACGACAAUGCCCAUACUACGCGUCGGAGAAGCGACACCGCCGCCUCGACCAACCGCCUCGUCCACCCAACAGACGCCACGGGUAUACAGCACCAGUCACUUGGCGAACUCCUCCGAACCUCGUCGGCACGUUGACGACGCUCUCAAGUCUGAACUCGGCGCGCUCUACAUCGACAAUCCUCAAUUCUUCGAGACGUUUUUCGAAAGCAUACCGGGGCUUGCGGCCGCAUCCAAGGCCGUCUUCGAGAAAUGCAGAGACGAAACAGAGGGACUCUUCGGCACAGGCUGGACUGGGUGGCCCAGGCUGCUGAUCAGGCCGAAACUCGCGAGCUUCUCGCCAGCCGCCCUCCCGCCGUCCAAGAAGGUGCUGGCUACGCCAAACACGGCCAUCCAAGGCUCCCCCGGAGAGCGCAAGCUGGACCUUGGCUUUAUAGACUCGGCUGUCAGUGAGGAUGAGGGUUAUUCCUGGUCUCAUAUCAUGAUUCCGGGCGAGCUGAAGAGCAACCCGUCCGCAGAUGCCGCGUCAAAGACAGGGCGCGACCUAGCUCGUUAUGCACGAGAAGUCCUGUCUGCUCAGGACACUCGUCGCUUUGUCUUAGGGUUUACCAUAUGCGGAUCCCUCAUGCGUGUGUGGCAUUUCGACCGACUGGGUGGGAUCGCGUCGAAGUCAUUCGAUAUCCACGAGGACGGAGAACGAUUCGUGCUCGUAAUCCUCGGCUUCCUCAGUAUGAACGAGGAGCGACUCGGACUUGAUCCAACAUUCACGACAGCAGACGGUCAGCGGUAUAUCGAGAUCGAUCGGAACGGCACAGUCGAGCGCUUCAUUAUCGACAAAGUGAUAUCCCGCGCGCGGUGUAUUGUCGGCCGGGCUACAACAUGCUGGAGAGCUCAUAAAGAAGGCGAGGAGGAUCGCUCAUACGUGAUUAAGGAUGCGUGGCAACACUGCGAGCGUGACGAAGAAGGCGAGCUGCUCCGCGACGCCACCGAGCGCGGAGUGAUCAAUGUGCCUCACUAUUAUCACCAUUACACUGUUCAAGUCGGCCGCGAGACUGAUGAUGUUUUCAACAAUGUGCGCCGAGGAUCCAGCGUGUCAGGGUCGGCGCGAACAGGCCGCCACAGCAGCGCGGCCGGCUCGAAGAGGUCCUCCAGCCAAGCAGGUGCUCUGCCGCCGCCGAGUAAGCGGCCUUACUCCAGGUCGCCCACCAAGUCCGUCAGCGCCGCGCUGGCGAACAGAGUUCAUCGGCGCGUCAUCACGUACGGCUACGGAAUACCGAUCUACCUAGCGCCCUCUCGCUCAGCGUUCCUUGGGGCUAUGGUAGACUGCAUAAAGGCGCACGAGUCACUUUGGCGCAAGUCUGAGCAGCUCCACCGAGACAUCUCAAUCAACAACUUGUUGAUCCGCGAGGAUAAUCAUGGCGUGUUGCAUAAUGGACUGCUGAUCGACCUGGACCUCGGCAUAAAAAAGCAGCGAGUAGGUCCUUCGGGGGCGGUAGGAAUGACCGGUACGCGAGCUUUCAUGGCCAUCGGUGCGCUUCUGGAAGAACAACACACUUUCCUACAUGAUCUCGAGUCAUUCUUCUGGGUUCUUUUCUGGAUAUGCGUCCACUAUGGCGAAAAUGGCGAGCCGAGGAUACACGAUUGGUUCGAGACGUGGAACUACAUGGAUCCAACCGAACUAGCUCAUCUUAAAAAGGGGCUGGUCAGUGAUGAGGAGGACUUCAUUGACAGUGUUAAGAAAGACUUCACAAAGCACUAUCAAGUAUUGAUACGCUGCGUCAAUGAAUUGCGAAAGGUGGUCUUUCCCGACGGGAGAAGACGGAAAUCGCGCGAAGACGACGGGGAAGACGGCGAGGAAGACGACGAGAAAGACCUGGAACUCUACUCCUUGAUGACGGAAAUCUUGCGCGAGGCACAAGAAGAUCCGACGAUCAUGGAUGAAUAA